AACGGACGGACUAAAUCUCUCGUCGACGGUAGUUAACGUUAGUUAAAAUAGUCAACCCUUUUUUGAGAUAAGAUCAAAGUUCACUCGUGCUCGGUGUCUCUUGACGGAGACUGAGCAGGCUUUUUCAGUCAAAUACGUAGCGGAAAAAAACAAGAUCUCAUGCCGACCAAGAGAUCUUGUGUUUGUGUGCAGGUAGUUUUACAUCCGUCCUUCAAACCCUGAUGAAGUAAAGGGGUCAAAAUUAAUAAUAAUAUUCCACUCCGCUGGUCCUGGGGUGGGUGGUCCGCUAGUAUGGACCCCUGGCAAAAUCUGGUGUCCAGAUGUUCGGCGUGGUGGCAGAUGCAUACGCCGCAUGCUCUGAGAGCUUGUGUGUAUGAAGUGUGUAAACCUCUGGUGCCGCUUCUGCUGUGCAUCGCGGCCCUGGCGGCUGUGAUUGUGUAUGCACUGGCAGAUAAUCUACACAGUUUUGUAAGCAGGAUCUUCAUUCCCCAGUAUCACUACCCUUAUGCGGUGCCACUUGCAUUCAUACAGGUAUUUUUAAAUCUCCUGGCACUGCUAGCUUUGCACAGCGUGGGUCUGAUCCACCUAAAGCCUUUUUCAUUGAGGUUGGGCGAGCGUUUGUUUGUGCCUGCGGUCUGCGGGAGCGUCCAGUGCAUUUUGGCCACAUGGGCUGAAGCCUGUUCCCACUCUGGCCUGUACCCGCUAAUCGCCCGCUUCCUCCCAAUGGUCAGUCUGAGCUUGGGUCACCUGUUUGCACUGAGUAUGCCAGGCUCCAUCCAUGUCUCCUCUCUUUUGACUGUGCUCACCGUCGCUUCAGUCACCGUCACAGCAUGCAGAGGACUUCAUGUGAUAGAGCCGCUGGAGUAUGUCUACUCUCCCCUUAACCUUGUCCUACACAGCCUCUCUCUUGCCUGGCUAGCCAAAGUUUCCCAAACGGAACGAGGCCAUGCCUCAACCUUUGACCUUUACUACACUCUGACAGUGACACGUGCCCUCUUGUUAGGGUUCCUGUGCGUUUUACACCCCGAUGGUCCAAAGGCACUGAUGCAUGGCAACUGGCACAGUCUGCUGUUUCUUGGAUACAUGCUCGGGAUGUUACUGCUGGGUGCUGUCCAGCUUCUCUUCGUGGAUGUAACGGCACUGUAUUUUUCUGCUCUCCCAGCAGCCGUGCUGCACGCGACCAGAGGGCUGGUUCUGCCCCUGUUCAGUCUGCUAUAGGACAUAUAAACCGAUCAGAGUGUAGAUCAUUCUGAAGAGGAAGUCUGUGUAGAGUAACCAAUCAAAUCAAUCAAACACACGAUUGAUUAUUACAGUAUUAAAACCAAAUUUACAUGCAUGACAACCUCAUGUAAAGAUAAUUAUAAUGAAUUAAUAUGGUAAUGCUACCAGUAAGCACUGACGUGCAACUCCUUUCUUCACUUGCACUGAAACUAUGGCACAACUAUGACACAUCCUACAAAUCGGGUGUUUUGCAUGAAGGAGCUGAUACUUAAGUUCUGGAAUUAAAUUAUUAUGGUACAGUUUUUUUUGUAUAAACUAUAUAUUAUUAUUUUCUUUUUUGUUUUAGCUGGAUGUUUUAAGGAAGAAAAAAAAAAUAGUAAAAAGAAAAUUAUUCUUUUUUUAAAGACCUUUAGGGUUUUUGUGAUUUUCAUGAUGAUGAGCUUCAUAAAUAGCGCAAACUCCUCAUUCUAAUUACUGCAAUGCAAAAAUGAAGUUAUAGUUGUAGCCCAUUGGUUGUACUAAGUUUAGCUUAUGCCUUCAUUUUAUCUUUUUAUUAUUAAAAAGUCAUGAAAAUGACAAACUUCCAGAUGCAUUUCAGUAUUAAGAAUGCGCUUAACAAUGUGCUUAAUUGUCAUAACUACAAAUUGCAAAAGAAAAAAGUACACCUUAAAGAGUGUACAAUACCUUAAUUUUUAAUUUGAAAUAUGUUUUUUAUAUUUUGAGUGUGAAAUAUGAUCUAAGCAUGUUCUUUUCAAGCUUGGUGAGAUUCACCCAAGUAUACCAUUUGCAUACCUCUUACAAUAACCUCGAACCAGAGGAGCCGUUCACCGCAUAGUUUCUUCAAAUAUAAACUAUAAGCUAUAAAGAUAUACAUAAACUGCAAAGCAUUGGCUUGAGACUAUUAAUAGUCGUAAUACAUUAUUUAAAUAGAAAACCUGUGACUCAUGUAUUUAUUUAACUCCUAAUACACAGUACAAACAGUAUUAUUGUUAAUGUUUAGAGGAAAUAAAACUUAUUGAUGAGGUUUUCUCCUACCUAAACCAG